UUCCUUUCCUUCUUCUGGGUCUCUUCCAGAAUCGCGCACUCGCCAAUCAGAAAGCGCUUUCUUCACCGUUCUUCUUCGACUUCUUCUUACCAUUCCCAAAGGCACAACUUUCGUUCACAGAUUCAGAGACACUGGUCAAAUCUUGAGCUCAUUUGGGCGCGCAAGAAGGGAGGUCCGGCUUAAUCUUCUCUGUUUCUUGAACCAAUUCUAACUUAUCAUCGGGAGGCGACGCUUGAGAUGGUUCGCAUUGUCAUCGGGAGUUGGCUCUCCAAGAAAGAUUUAGAAAGCUCGACGCCUAUAGCGGAGGCGGUCUGACGCAAUGCAGUCCGUUUUUCAGGUCCGGAGUUGAACUUCGAGAACAAUAGAGAAGGGGCGGCAGCGGAGGCUAGAGGAGCGACAGCAUGUGUUCCACGAACGAUGAACUGGCUGAAUUGUGCUUUGCAUUUACGUUCUUGGCCCGGUUAGUCGCCUACAUCGCGGUAUUGGCACUGCUCGUGUUCAUCGUUUUCGCGAUCAUGAGAUACCUGGACAGCUGGGAGGACGAGAGCCCUGCAGAGCGGGAGCCGGCGCCGACCGAGACGACCCCGAUACCUGCAUUCAAGCCGCCGCGGUCGGCUUACGGGACGUGCGAGGAGGAGGACAUAGAAACCGGCAGCUGCGGGAGCAGCUCGUCGGAGGAGCUGUACGACGGGAGGAUUUGCGUGAUCUGCUACGACGAGGAGAGGAAUUGCUACUUCGUUCCUUGCGGCCAUUGCGCUACCUGCUAUGACUGUGCUCAGAGGAUCUUUGAUGGAGAAAGCAAGGCCUGCCCUGUUUGCAGGAGACCCAUCAGGAAAGUGAGGAAGUGGUUCACCUCUUGAGAUGAAACGCCGUCGUUUUUCUUUUUCCUUUUUUUCGUGUUUUAUAGCGACGAUUUUGGAGGAAUUUUUUUGGUCCUUGGCUUGAGUUAUUUAGGAUUGAAAUUGAUGAUUGCCCACACCACUUCGAGUUCAUGAUCAUUGAGAUUUUGCAUGUCACUGGCAGAGGUCAACUGUUUGUGGGAACUUCCAAGUGUACAGACGGGCCGUAAGGCCCAAAGAAAAUGUGGGCUCUAAGGCCCAAUGAAAAUGUGGGCCCUAAGCCCACAAGUCAGCAGGUGACUGAAAAAAAUAUGACCAACGAAGUAUAAGCCUCAGCUCAAUUGAAACACACACUCUUCGCUUCUUUCGGCUGUCUGUAGCUAUGUACAUUCCAUUUGACUUUUCCGGGGGCAAAAAGAAUGCACCCUCUUCGAAUUUUUGGUACUGAAGAGGG